AUAAGAAUCCAUGCUGAUUUUCAGUAUCGAUAAGUCAUUUAUAAAAAGUGAAGUAUAUUAUUUAAUGGCAUAGCACUUUUCGCCGCACUUCUAUCGAAAUUAUAAUCUAAAGAAACUUGUCAAUGGCAAUAUUAAAAUUCAAGUCUGAAAGUACGCAAGUAACAUAGAAAUUAAGAACAGUGCACGUGCGAGAUUGUAAACAAAGCCAAAUAAAUCAUUAAUUUAUAUAAAUAGCGAUUUUCUGAAAUAUCAUUACGCUUCAUGAUAUUCCAAUUGAAAUUUCGAAGAAUAAGAAAAUAUAUGAAUAGUUAAUUUGUUUUUCGAAAUUCAUCCAACCAUUAAUAUAGAUAAUGGAUAAUGAUUUAACAGUGCCAGGAUAUUAUUAUGCCAUUGCUGGUGCAGCUAGCGGAUGCAUUACAAGGUUUAUUUGUCAACCUUUGGAUGUCGUUAAGAUUAGAUUUCAGUUGCAAGUUGAGCCGAUAAAAAGUAGUAGCACAAGUAAAUAUCAUUCAAUGAGUCAAACAAUCGUGCUCAUUACAAAGGAAGAAAAUAUUUAUGCCCUUUGGAAAGGUCAUAUUCCAGCACAGAUGUUGUCUAUUGUUUAUGGAACUUGUCAAUUCUACGUGUACAAUAUUGUAAAUAAUCAUUUUGCUAGAUUUGGCUUUUUAAAUGAUAAAACAAAAUCAAUGCACUUGUUGAGUGGUGCUUUGGCAGGUUCGUUUGCUACUUUUGUCACGUUUCCUUUGGAUAUAGUAAGGACUCGAUUAAUUGCACAAUCGUCUCAAAAUCAAGCGUACAAUGGAAUGUUACAUUCCUGCAUAAAAAUUUAUAAGCAUGAAUCGAUGAGAGGUCUUUAUCGAGGACUGAUACCCGCGUUGAUUCAAAUAGCACCUCACACAGGUAUACAAUUCUGGUCGUAUGAAUUAUUAAAGAAUAUCAAUUUCUUGCUAAUCAGUCAACCCAAGAAACCAAAUUAUCAUAAUAAUGUAUCAGUCAUAAACAGUUUGAUCGCUGGUUGUUUAACUGGUCUGCUGGCAAAAAGCAUUGUUUACCCAUUGGAUUUGGUGAAAAAGCGAUUACAGAUUCAAGGAUUUCAGAAAAGCAGAAUAGGCUUUGGCGAAUUCUUUCUGUGCAAUAGUUUAAGGAGCUGCCUAGUAUUGACGGUGAAGAAAGAAGGCAUUCAAGGUCUUUUCAAGGGUUUAGUCCCAAGUUUAUUUAAAGCCGCCCUUUCGACGGCAUUACAUUUCACAGUGUAUGAACAAAUUUUGAACUCGCUAAGAAGUCUUUAACGGUUCACAGAUAUUAUCAUUUAUACGAAUGGAAGAACAUUGAACGUUAAUUUAAAAUUUGUAUAUA